UGGCUCAGUCAGCUGACGCUAACUCUUAGCAGGACUGACGGUUUCCCAGCGGCAGCGACGGUCUGACGGUCAGCCAGGAUGCCUUUCUCCGAGCUGUAUUUUAACGUCGAUAACGGCUACUUGGAGGGCCUGGUGAGGGGCUUCAAAGCUGGAAUACUGUCUCAGGGCGAUUACCUAAACCUGGUUCAAUGCGAGACUCUGGAAGACCUGAAGCUCCAUCUGCAGAGCACCGACUACGGCAGCUUCCUUGCUAACGAGGCGUCGCCGCUCACCGUGUCGGUCAUCGACGACAAGCUGAAGGAGAAGAUGGUGGUGGAGUUUCGCCACAUGAGGAACCAGUCGUACGAACCUCUGGCCAGUUUUAUGGAUUUCAUCACGUACAGCUACAUGAUUGAUAACGUGAUCCUGCUGAUCACCGGCACGCUGCACCAGAGGGCCAUCUCUGAGCUCGUCCCAAAGUGCCACCCGCUGGGCAGCUUCGAGCAGAUGGAGGCGGUCAACAUCGCUCAGACCCCCGCCGAGCUCUACAACGCCAUCCUGGUGGACACGCCGCUGGCUGCUUUUUUCCAGGACUGUAUAUCUGAGCAGGAUUUGGAUGAAAUGAACAUUGAAAUCAUCCGUAACACACUCUACAAGGCUUAUCUGGAGGCUUUCUAUAAGUUCUGCUCUAACCUGGGAGGAACGACUGCAGACACCAUGUGUCCGAUUCUGGAGUUUGAGGCUGACAGACGAGCUUUCAUCAUCACCAUCAACUCCUUCGGCACAGAGCUGUCCAAAGAGGACCGAGCCAAGCUCUUCCCGCACUGCGGCAAGCUUUACCCAGAAGGCCUGGCGCAGCUGGCCAGAGCCGACGACUACGAGCAGGUCAAGGCGGUGGCUGAUUAUUAUCCUGAAUACAAGCUGCUGUUUGAAGGCGCUGGGAGCAACCCAGGAGAUAAAACCCUGGAGGACCGCUUCUUUGAGCAUGAGGUGAAGCUGAACAAGCUGGCCUUCCUCAACCAGUUCCACUUCAGCGUCUUCUACGCCUACGUCAAGCUGAAGGAGCAGGAGUGCAGGAACAUCGUGUGGAUCGCAGAGUGCAUCGCCCAGCGGCACCGCGCCAAAAUCGACAACUACAUCCCAAUAUUCUGAGCACUCAGCUGCACUCCCUCCCCUCAUUUCACCUGGUCGCAGUGUAAAACCUGGAUCCAGAAUUGGCUCCAAUUCGUUCGUCUAGAUGUAGGUUGGUUUUCUACAUGGUGCAUUUUCUGCUCUGCACUGAAAAA